UUUGAGAUUAUUGAAGUUUUGACGCCAAUUUAUUAAUGACCAGGAAGUCUACCACCUGUAUAAAAACAAGUAACUCUUCUAAAAGACAUCAUCAUCUCAGAGGUGAGCGGCAUCAUCCACAGUAGUCAUGCUCAGGUUCCGUUAUAACAGCGUUCUUUUCCUGAUUGGCCUCCUUACAACUGGCCAUACGGAGUCUAAGACACUGAGGCGGUUUGCUAGAGACCUUACGUUAGAUACAGAUACUGUUCCUGAAGAAGAAAUCACCUUUGAAAAUAUCGCACGUGUUCUUGUGGAAUUCUUCGCGAAAAUAGGAAAGAGAUCAACAGAAAACGCAAUUCCUCGCAUACACAUCUGCAAAUUUAACAAUUUUGAUCUAAAUGGCGACAAUACUGUUACCAAAGAGGACUUUGCCAUCCUGAUACAAAGCACAGGGCUGGUGCAACUGGAGGAACUGUUUGAUAAACUAGAUCAGAAUGAUGAUGAUGUCCUGACAAAGGAGGAAUAUAAUGUCUUCCAUGACUACGCUUGUACUGGAAACGGGAAAGCAGAAACAAGCAAGACUGUAAAUCAAAUAUGAAGGGUGACAAGAACUAAAUGGAACUAAAGGAUUGUGAAAGUUCAAGAAAAACAUAAUUCUUUAAUAUAAUUUAAACCAAAGUAUGAUA